GGCCAAAGACGUCUCAUCCCCCAGGAGGCGAUUCUUCCCAUUCCACGGGCGAGCCAUCGCUAUCGCGUGCGCCUCUCCUUCUCGCAGGCGGCGCCGGCGUCGCCCCCGCUCUCGUCCGGCUUCGACUCCGACGGCGGCUGCUGCUUCGCCACGCAGGUAGACCACCAUUUAUCUGUGCCCCCUCUCUCUUUGCUCGGCAAUCGGCAUUUCCACCUGUGGCUCCAUUGUCAAGAUGUCACAAUCCAAGGAAGUGAGAUAUACUGCACGGUCUAUUACACCUCCGGCAAAUAGAAAUGGCACUUCAAAGUCACCCCCUCCAACAAGGCGCAGCCCUUCCAGGUCACCUCCUCCAAAGAGGAGUGCCUCAAGGUCUCCACAUCCAAGGAGUCCAAAGAGGUGCAGCACUUCAAGGUCACCUCCUCCUAGGAGACGUGGUAGAUCAAGGUCAAGGUCAAGGGAUAGGAGUCUAUCCAGGAGCCAAGAUGAUAGAAAUCCAGGGAAUAACCUUUAUGUCACUGGAUUGUCUACUCGUGUAACUGAAGAUGAACUUGAGAAGUUCUUUAGUAAAGAAGGAAAGGUUAAGCACUGCCAUGUUGUUCUUGAUCCUCGGACAAAAGAAUCCCGUGGAUUUGCCUUUGUGACCAUGGAUACUGUUGAUGAUGCAAGACGCUGCAUCAAGUAUCUGCAUCGCACUGUACUUGAAGGUCGCCUGGUUACUGUAGAAAAGGCUAAAAGAACUCGAGAGAGGACCCCCACUCCUGGAAAAUAUUGUGGUCAAAGAGGAGGAUCUGAAAGGCGCUCCAGGAGCCCAUCACCGUACCGUCCUCGCAGGAGGGAGCACUCUCGCUCAAGGGAUCGCAAAAGGGAGCGGUCCCGCUCAAGGGAUCGGAGGGAACGGUCUCGCUCAAGGGACCGUCGAAGGGAGCGGCCCCGCUCAAGGGAUCGGAGGGAGUGCUCUCGCUCAAGGGACCGCCGAAGGGAGCGCUCUCGCUCAAGGGACCGCCGAAGGGAGCGCUCACGCUCAAGGGACCGCAGAAAGGAGCGCUCACGCUCAAGGGAUCGCAGGGGCAGCUCGCCACAUGAAAGGGACUCUCAGAGAAGGCACGCCGAUCGGUCCAGGUCACCGACGAGCAACGGGAACCAUAAGACAGACUAGAAAACACCUCCCUAGCGAUAAAACCAUUUUUGUUCACAGGCUAGUAGUAACUGUGUGAACGAUGGAUUUGUGAUGCUGCAUUUAAGAUGGUCGGACCGUGAACCAUGUUUGGUAUUUUUGUUUAGUACGUUUCUUAUGUUAGCUUUGGGAUCUGAAGAAAUUGUUAUCUGGCUUGAGAUUGUUGAACAAAGAAGUGAUCGAGCUCCUGAAUUCCUUUGAUAUUAUUAUAUGUUUGCUUAAAGAAUUAAGAUCGUUUCUUUUUUA